CACCCACUACUUAUUCAUUCUGAGGUUUCAACAUGGAGUAGUCGUUUUAACUUUACCAAAUGAAAACCACAAAGUAUGUUUUGACAAUUAAGUUUGGCCCCAACGAUAUUUAUUUGCUGACAUGUAUUUCUUGAUGAGGUCAGGAAUCUGACUGACGACCUGCUCAACGUCAAGAUUUGCAUUUUUUUGACGUAUCUUGCUAUGCUUACCAUAUUGAUUCAAAUUCAUCCCGAUAAGGAACAGGCAUUCAUGGACAAAACUCGCGCAGGCAGCAGCGCAGUCACCGACACGCUGCCAUCGAAGUGACGGGAAAGGGAUAAGAAGAGGCAAAGCGACAACUGCUUGCCACGUCGAAGAUGGUACCUGCUAGCUGUCCGCAAGCAAACACCAUGACGGCCCACAGGCGGGGCAUACCGAACUACACUUCUGCAUCCGUGGGUGUGAUGUUUCCGGUAUUGACGUUCUUGUGUUGAGUUUGUUUGAGUGCAAAAGCAAAACUAAGACACCAGCACAGGCUGCUUACAAGCUCCUGAUUUGGAAGCAUGCUCGCACACUUUUUUUGAAUUAGUGCUACUUCCAGCAUGGCACUUGAAAAUGAAUCCCAAAUUGAGUAAUUAAGAAUGCAAACUCGAAAAACGUAUAAAUUAAUAAGCGAAAUACUGGAGAAUUAUUGGCAUUACCUGAUAAUACGUUGUAACCCUAACCUCUUCAAGUUUGAAUUGCUUAAUUCCUUCUUACCACAUUGUUCAUAGGUGGAACAAACUUCACACUCGGCGACGUCACUCCCGCAUCCGGGGCCGUGCGACAUUCCCGAGCCACGGUGCGACGCUGGUCCGCCCGCAACACAGCCUGGACCGAGCAAGGUCCAUUUCGUGCCGACGGGCAACGAUGGGAUGCGUGCCCCCAAGCGGGUCUCCAACCGCAAGCAAGUGAUAGCGCAACGCCCCUCCAAGAGGCUGCAGUUUCAAUGA